AUGUGCCGUCGACAUGGAUUUGGAGAUCUGUCUAUAGAUAGUGUAAUGACGCACAUCACUGCAGUAAAAAUAUUGGCAGUAUCUCAAAUCUUUAAUAUCUAAUCUGCAGAACGAAUCUAUACAUAAUAUUACAAAUGGGAAUUUGUGUUUGUCUUUCUGUCAUGUUGCAGUGGAGCUUUGUUAUGGUAUGAUUAUCUUAUAUGGCGUUAGUGGGAAAUUGGAAAGUGAUAAAGGUCCAACGGGCUCCUUGCUAGAUCCCCUUGCCUAGGGUAUUCCGCAGCGAGAUUUAUUAGGUAGGCCAGCCACGCUUUGUCUUGGUAGUUGGAGAGCCCUGAUUUAAGAUUUAAGGUGGAUUUCCUUUACGUUAGCAAAAAUAAAAGAAUGGAAAAUUAUAUAGGCUACAUUAACAAACAAAUAAGCGCGGGUAACUCUGUACAAAGAGGUCGAGUGCCACCAACGCAGCCCGCGGGGUUAGCUCUGCCCGGGCAAUUUGCGUUAACAAACGGCGACCCAACGGCUGGCCUAAACAGCCACCCCUACCUCUCCUCCUAUAUUUCACUAUUACUUCGAGCCGAACCUUAUCCCACCUCGCGCUACGGUCAGUGCGUCCAGCCCACCAACGUAAUGGGCAUAGACAAUAUAUGCGAACUCGCCGCGCGGCUACUGUUCUCCGCAGUCGAAUGGGCGAGAAAUAUCCCAUUCUUCCCCGACCUCCAAGUAACGGACCAAGUGGCGUUACUCAGACUAGUCUGGUCUGAACUCUUCGUGUUAAAUGCAUCGCAGUGCUCGAUGCCCCUCCACGUGGCGCCUUUACUGGCAGCCGCCGGUCUCCACGCGUCACCGAUGGCGGCAGACCGAGUGGUCGCUUUCAUGGACCACAUAAGAAUCUUCCAAGAGCAAGUGGAGAAAUUGAAAGCGCUCCACGUGGACUCCGCGGAAUACUCCUGUCUGAAGGCGAUCGUCCUCUUCACGACAGGUAAAAUUUUGGACAGUCUUUUUGGUGAGGCGCGGUUGUUGCUUUACAGGGUGGCCGGCGCAGGAGCAGCUGUUACAAAUUACGGGGAAUUAUUAACUUUAGUGAAAACUCACCUAGAUGUGUACGCUGAGGCGACUCGUGCGCAACAGGCUCCCGCGCCGCCGCCACCCUCCGCCGCUUCUUCUGGGUAUUAUUCCACAUUGGACACAUCACUCGGGAUCAACUCCUCUCUUUCAUACGGUAGCUUCCUAUCGACUCCAUCAAGACUACCUCCUAACUACACGAGUAGUCCUCGAAUGCCAGAGGCUAGCACGUCUUCUUUCAAAUUAUGGGACGCUCAUGCGAAAACGCAGAAGUCUGAACAGGGGGGUUGA